AAGAGAGAAGGGUCAGGAUCAAGAAGAUGGAAAAAGGCCAGUUGUUGAAAAGAAGAGUGGUGGACCAAAGGAAUUUUAGAGAAAUUUUCAAGGAAAUAAGUUCAAAGGAAAAAGGCAACCAUUUCCUCCUAGCAUCUAUUGUCAGAAAACCAACCAUUCUUCAAACUAUUGUUGUUGUAAGCCAAACACUCAAAGACCAGGAGGGCAAAGGCAGGGGGAUACAGUGCAAGGCUUGCAAGCAUUUUAGUCACAUUGCUAGAAACUGCAAGUCCAAGGCAGAAUCAUCACAAAAGGCAAACAUUGCAAAGAAUCUUGAACAGCAGGAGGAGAGGUUGUUUAUGGCCACAAGGUUGAGAAUUGAGUUAUACCUUAAAAGUAGGCUCAAAAAUGGAGAUUUGGUGGAAGUAAAAGGAAAAGGAGUUGCUGUUGUUAGAACUCUAUCAGGCAACCAGAGCUUUAGAAGGAUUGCAGUUGAUGUCUGUGGUCCUAUGGAGGCCAAUUCUUUAAAUGGGAGCAAAUAUUUCCUAUUUUUUAUUGAUGAGUACAGAAGGAUGCGUUGGAUUUAUUUUCUGAAACAAAAGUCAAAUGUGUUUGAAAGAUUUGUUGAGUUUAAGGCCAUGGUGGAAAAUGAAACAGGGAAAACAAUUAAGAUACUGAGAUCAUAUAAUGGUGGUGAAUAUACAUCAACAACAUUUCAGUUUUUCUUCAAACAAGCUGGAAUCCCACAUCAGCUCACUGUUCCAUACACACCUCAGCAAAAUGGAGUUAGUGAGAGGAAGAACAGAUCUAUUUUGAACAUGGCUGGGUGCUUAUUGUUUGAGAAAGGUUUGCCAAAAAGUUUUUGGGCAAAAGUAGUCAACACAUCAGUCUAUUUGUUGAACAGGGUCCCAACUAAAGCUGUGAAAGGUAAAACACCUAUGAGGCGCAAUAUAGCUUAUGAAGAGCCCUUAAAUUUUAAUGAAGCAACAAAUUCAAAAGAUUGGAGUGCUGCAAUGGAGGAGGAGCUCAAGAUGAUUGAGUUGAAUGACACUUGGAAACUAGUUGAUAGACAUAAAAACAAAAGUGUCAUUGGAGUCAAAUUAAAACAGGCUCUAAGAGCUUGGUAUGGUAAGAUUGAUGACCACUUGUUGAAGUUGGGAUUUGAGAAAAGCUUGAGUGAGGCAACUCUGUAUGUGAAGCAUAAAAAUGAAAAACUUGUGAUUGUGUCUCUUUAUGUUGACAAUAUACUUGUGACAGGAAGUUAUGAGGCUGCUUUGAGUCAAUUUAAAGUUGAGAUAAUCAGCUUGUUCAACAUGAAUGAACUUGGAAAGCUGUCUUAUUUCCUUGGUAUGGAAGUGACUCAAUCUUGCAAUGGUAUUUUUAUCUGCCAGAAAAUAUAUGCAAUUGAAAUCCUUGACAAAGUUGCCAUGACAAAUUGCAAGGCAAUGAACACUCCUAUUUCUGGUGAAAAGUUUGCUAUUGAUGACGGUUUUCCUAAGAUUGAUGUUGGUAUUUAUCAAAGCAUGAUAGACAGCUUGUUGUAUUUAUCUACCACCAGACCUGAUAUCAUGCAAGCAAUUAGCUUGAUAUCCAGAUUCAUGCAAACUCCACGUGAAAAUCAUCUCAAUGGAGUGAAGAGAGUUUUGAGGUGUGUUAAGGGCACUGUGGAUUUUGGUAUUAAAUAUCCAAGAACUAGUGAUGUCAAGUUAAUUGGCUACUCCAACGGCAUGAUUAGUUGGGGAUCACAGAAACAGCAAGAUUCAGUUGCACAAUCCACAGCUGAAGCAGAAUACAUCUCUACUGCAGUAACUGUGAAUCAGGCUGUUUGGUUAAGGAAAUUACUAGCUGAUGUUAAGUAUCCUCAAACAAAGCCUACUGAAAUGCUUUGUGAUAACCAGUUAGCAGUGGCAAUUGCCAAGAAUCCUGUUUUUCACAAGAGAACUAAGCAUAUAAAGAUCAAAUACCAAACUUUGAGACCGGCAACUCAAGAUGGUGAAAUUCAGUUAUUGUACAGCAGUUCUGAGGAACAGUUAGCUGAUAUUUUUACCAAAGGAUUGCAAAAGGCAAGUUUCGAAUAUUUGAGGGGUAUGCUUGGCAUGUGUAAUGUUGCUAUCAAGGAGGAGUGUUGAAGCUGUGGCAGCAAGUCUGCACAUACUUUACGGGUAUUUUUGAAGAAAUAAAGAUUUCAAGAACUAGACUUCAUGAAAUUGAUUUAGUUCAAUUUAUUCCAAGUUUUUUGUUGCAUUUUAAUUCUACUUUGUCUUUAUGCUUAGUUGCUCUUGGUCAAUUACUUUAGAAAAGGUAGCAAAGGUUUAGGAAAAACUAUUCUGUUCACAUGGUUGCUACUUUUUGUUUUUGUCUGUCAUACCAAACUUGUACAUAAUUCAAGUUUCAAUGAAAUAGUUCAGUUGUU